CCUCUUCAAUCAGAAUUUCGUGUCUUAAGCUUGGGCUCCUUCUUAUGAUGGAUGCAGAAGAUUUGAGUCUCAAAGAUAUCAAGUGUGCAAAAGCUCAGAGUCAGCAUCAAGAUGGAUCACAACAUCAAUCCGAGGAUGCAGAAGUAUCGCCUCACAUUCAGCAGACGUCUACCAAGACACCAGGCCUGCAUCAAGAUGAACUACAGCAUUCAGAGGAAGCCAUCUGCUUGAAUAAAUCAAGGUUUUUGAUUGAGAAUCCACCCGUGUCACAGAUCUUCGAUAUCUCGGACUCGGAAGCUUCAAACUCGCUCGAUGCAACGUCUGCCGACAGCUUACGCCAGCGUCAAGAUGGACUACAGAAGCAGCCAGAACGUGUGGAGGUUCCGCUUCAGGAUGAAUAUGGAUCACGGCAGCAGUCGGAAGAAUCUUUAUGCUCGACGGCCUGCAAUCUUUCGACUGUAGAAGAAUCUGUAGGAAUGAUAUUGAAGGGGAUUGAGCCAACACCAGAUCUUGCAGACUACGACCGCGGCCAAACAACAAGACUACUAUGCCUCAUAGGACUUGUAUUUGCGUGGCUAGUUUGCAUUGCCUGCAUCGUCCUUGGUACACUAUGUCUUAUCAAGCAGACAAAUAGCCCCUGGACAGAUAUCACGGGGAUAGUGAUAAAACAACCGGCCCGCCGUCUCUACAUCACAGGGCUAUCGACCACUAGCGGCGAGGCCCUCUCGUUCAUGACAAACGUUUUCGUCGCUCUUGCUACUGAUUCUUUGGGGUAUAUUCAUGCAACAUCCCUCCGAUGGGCGCUUUUUAGAGAAGGCCGAUUACAAUUCAAUACCAAUCUUAGGUUGUUCACCAGCACACGCAAAUAUGCUCCAAAUCGAUGGCCUGCAAAUCUGAUUUCUAUCAUUUCGCUUAUUCUCUGCUACGCAGCAUCGUCGCAGCUUUUUCUUCGUGACGCACAAGAGAAACCCGGGAUUGGUCCUCAGAACGUGGUUGCCGUCAACGGAGUUGCUAUUCUCACAUUGGCAUUAGGUAUAUUUGGCAAGGCGAGUAUAGCUACUUGGAUCAUGGCAUCGGGAUCAAAACAUAUUCCAACAUGGAGCUCGAACGCUCUCAACAACGCAUUGGUACUUACUCAUCAUGGUCUCACUAGAGAGGAAGAAAGAUGCAUGUUAUCAGUUGAUAAAACUCCUCUUCCACCACAUCCUACCAAACCAUUGGCCAGAGGCCUAAAUGCCAGGAACGCAGUCCCCUCGUUGCGGUAUAUCAUCUCACUCCUGUGGAUCUGGUCUUUACUUAUGGUGAUAUUUUUCAUCAUUCUAGUUGUCGUCAGCUGGUUCGAGUCAGUCGGGUAUCAACCAUGGUCGUUUUCUCUCGCAUGCAGCGCAGAGCCAGAUCCAGAAUUCCCAGAAAAAGCGCAAGGGACUUACCUUAUUGUAAAUUCUGUAUCUGAACCUUGGAUUGGUAGCUUGAUCAUUGGAAUUUUGUUCCUAUGCGCUGUACAAGGUCUUCAAACGUUGGGUAUCAAUGCCGCUGAGUUAGUCAUUAAUCUGUCAAGAGAUGAAAGUACUUGGAAAGAGGUUGACCGAGCGAAAAGUAGUCGUCGAAGCUACAACAACGCGUUCAUAUCAGCAGCCACGAGUUGGCAGAACAUGUUACUAUUCGCGUUUAAGCCUGUGCUGCACUGGAUGUUGGGCCAAACAGUGGUGCUUAGGAUUUAUGAACUAGUAGUGACAGAUUCCGAUGUGCAUGGAGUGUCUGAGUCCGAGAAUACCUAUCGAUACAUUUUCUUUAUGUUAUACCCAAGAUUGUUUAUAUACGUCAUCAUCAGUAUGGCACUUGCUGCUUGCAUGAUAUUCAUUGCAUUUCGAAGACCUCGUGGUCCACAACCCACAGCUUAUGGCCAUUAUCAGACUUUGACCAACCUUAUCGAUGAUUGGACUGUGAAUGAGAAGGGUAUCUUCUGGUGGGGCGACAAAGGAGUCGGUCCUGAUGGUAUUCGACAUGCUGGCACUAGUCCCAACAGAGAAGCACUUGGCAACAUUCAGAAGGACGCUCUCUAUGCAUAGAAUGAAGACAAAGGUCACACCCGAGAGCAUUGAGAAAGCCCAAUCCUCACCCACCAUGCCCUUCACCACCGCUUCCCUCCUCUCCUUCCUAGCCUCAGCAAUAGCAGUAUCCGCAACCUAACAACUCCAAAGACACUAUUACAACGACGCCUGCUCCUCAUACGUGGGUCAAGUACACGUAAGCUUGGCAACUUAAAUCUACGGCGGCGCCGACAAAUACUACAAACUUGAGCAUUGUGAUCAAAUGACAAAGGUCCACUUGCAACGGUUUAAUUAGUUGUAAUGCGAUGAAGAAAAGAGGAAAGCCUUGCUAUGGUAAGCUCUGGACAACACCAUUUGCCGAAGAAAAAAUGUCAUCACAUGAUUAGGCCUCAUCGAGCUGAAAAUCGAAUGUGAAUACCGAGCAGAUGGAGAGCCAGAGAAGGCCAUGCAUUGUCAUAUCCAAGCACAA